GAAGGCUGAAGCUGACCUGGAAAGUAAAGUACCAAAGUGACAUCACCAGUAAAAUUGGAAGUAAGACUAGCCUAAGCCUACGUAUGUAAUGUAUAAAAGGAAACUGUUAUCGGUCUACUAGCUAGAAAGAAGUAAGUUCUCAAGUAAGGAGGUUGUGACCACUGGCUCUACUUAUCUGAAGGCUGUGUUUCUGACCUGACGUGUGAGAAGCCUUUAAGUUAUAAAAGUUUCAUAAAAUUUUCAUGGACGGGCGUGGAAGAGGAAGAGGAAGGGGAGGAGGAGGCGGCAGAGGUUAUAGAGAGGGAAGUGGAGAUGAUACAAGAAGCAGAGGAGGAGGAAGAGGUGAUAGAGGAGUCAGAGGGGGAGGAUGGGAAAGGGGAGAAGGAAGGGGAGGCGAUAGAGGAACUGGAGGUGGAAGGGAUUUCAGGGGAGGAGGAGGCGGCAGAGACUAUAGAGAAGCAAGUGGAGGUGAUAGAGGAGGCAGAGGGGGAGGAUGGGACAGAGGAAGAAGAGAUGAUCGAGGAUAUCAAAGAGAAGACCAAUCCCGUGGUGUGCAGUUCCCUGGACAAAAUGCAGAUGCUGGAAAUCGCUUUGACCAAGGUGGAAGGGGCAGAGGAGGAUACCACCAAGGCGGCAGAGAAGGAAACCAGCAAGGCGGCAGAGGAGGAUAUCAGCAAGGCGGCAGAGGAGGAUAUCAGCAAGGCGGCAGAGGAGGAUACCAGCAAGGCGGCAGAGGAGGAUAUCAGCAAGGGAGCAGAGGAGGUCGAGGUGGUGGUGGAGGUGGUGGAGGUCGCAGAGAGAUUGACUGGGUAGCUCAGGAGAAGAUGGAAACUGCCUCUCAGACAUCCACAAAAUCUGAUCCCGAAGCUGAAGCUGCCAGGGUAAAAAAGCUGAACGAUCUUCCCACCGAUUUGGCCGGGGAAGACAAGAACAAGUUUACGACCAUACCAGACAGGAUCAACAAAGGACCUAUCGUAGGGACAAGAGGUCGACACAUCCAGAUCGAAGUAAACCAUGUGCAGUUGACGUUCGACCCCAAGAAGACAGUGGCUAUCCAUUAUGAUUGCGCUUUUGAUCGUGACAAGCUCUCUAAAAAAUUGUUAAGGAGAAUUAUGAAAGUAAUGGAAGAUCGGCAUUACCCCUCCCGAAACCCAGCCUUUGACGGCAAGAAAAACUUGUACUCCUGUGGAAAAACUCCUUUGUUCACGGGACCAGUGCUGCAUGACACAGUGGAAUUACCACCGGAGGAGGGAAGUACGAGGUCACUUAAAGUUGAGGUGACUAUCAAAAUGGUAGAAGGAGACAAGGUAGAUGGCAGGAUUGAUCUUACCGUUAUCUCUCAGUAUCUGCAGCACAAGACCAAGGAGUAUCCACAAAAGGCGGUGCAGGUCAUGGAGAUAGCGCUGCGGAAUGCACCAGUCACAGCCGGAUUCAUACAAGUUGGAAGAUCUUUUUUCACGGCUCCGAGCGAACCAAUCACUCUCGGCAACGGUAUGGAAUUGUAUCAUGGAUUCUUUCAAAGCGUUGUUCUUGGUUGGAAGACUUUUCUCAAUGUUGAUGUCGCUCACAAGGCAUUCCCUGAAGAAAGAGUAGUGAGUGACGUUAUGUGUGAAUUCGUAAAAGGGUAUAACAAACCUCACCCAAGCGAACUUUCAUAUAGUGAAGACGAACUUGAGAAUUUCAAAAACUUUAUGAAAGGACUGAGAGUAUUAUAUUUCAUCCCUGGAGUUCCAAAUUCAAGACGGAAGCGUACGGUCGUUGGAGUGAAGCCGCCUCCCAACCAGAAAAGUUUCCUGUACAAGAGAAACGAUAGCGAUCCAGGAACUAUGAUGAAAAUCGACCAGUAUUUCCAGCAAGUAAAGGGAUACAGACUGCAGUUUCCCAACCUGCCUUGUCUUCAUGUUGGGGACCCUAAGGGAGACAUUUGCUUACCACCAGAGCUGUGCACAGUUGUCAUUGCUCAGGUGAUGAUGAAAAAGUUGGAUGCAAAUCAGACUAGAGCUAUGAUUAGGGAGGCUGCCAAACCACCUCAUGAUCGUAAACAGAAGAUCAUGGAUGCUAUGAACAAAGUCCAGCACAACAAAGACAGUUGUGUCAAUGAAUUUGGAAUAAAUGUGGGUCAACAGUUUGCCAAAGUCCCUGCAAGAAUCCUUACUCCACCGAACAUUGAGUAUGGAAAUAAAAUGGUCCAGCCAGAUGAUGGAAAAUGGAACUUGCAGCCAUUUAAGACUGCCAAAAACUUGGACAAUUGGGCCAUCGUGUCUGCUGACAACUAUAUUAGAUGUGAAGACCUCAGGAGGGUUAGUCAGAGAUUCCAAGAGUGCUGCAGGGAAACAGGAAUGAAAAUAGCAGAACCCAUCUACAUGGACUGUCUAGUAACCACUAGAUAUAUAAAUCACAGCGAGCUUCAGCGAUUACUUCGAGAAAGCUUCCGCAAAUACAAGGCGGAUAAUGUCAAGAUAGCUGUUGUAGUUAUGCCCGACAAGGACAAGCAUGUAUACAAUAUCGUGAAGAAGAUUGGUGAUACGGAAGUAGGAUUGCCCACUAGUUGUUUGUAUUCGGAAACAGCUACAAAGAAGAUGAACCAAGCUACUGCAAAAAACCUUUUGCAGAAGAUUAACACCAAGCUGGAAGGAGUGAAUCACACAGUUAACAGGAAUCAGAAAGCACCUGACAGAGUGAUGGAGCUGUUGAGAGGAACAAUGCUGAUGGGAGCAGACGUAACUCAUCCAUCGCCUGAUCAGAGACACAUUCCAUCCGUAGCCGCUGUGACAGCUAGUCAUGACCCACUGCAGUUCCAAUACAAUAUGUUGUAUCAACUGCAACCUCCCAAACAAGAAAUCAUCGCAGACCUGCACAAGAUUGUGAUCAAACACCUGAAGUACUACAAGAUGAAGAAUGGACGGGAGCCGACCAGAAUCAUCUUCUACCGCGACGGUGUCAGUGAAGGCCAGUUUAUGCAGGUGCUACAAGUUGAGAUGACUUGUAUAAAGGCAGCUUGUCGCAUGGAGCUAGGUCGUGAACUGCCUGUCACUUUCUUGGUGGUUCAGAAGAGACAUCACACACGGUUCUUUCCCAUCAAUAAGAACGACAUGGACCGCAAGGGCAACGUGCUUCCAGGAACUGUAGUGGACACUGAGAUCACUCAUCCGACCCAGGCAGACUUCUACUUGGUCAGCCAUGCCAGUCUUCAGGGGACUAGCAGGCCUACCAAGUAUCACAAACUGUGGGACGACAACAUGAUAAAUGAGGAUGACUUGGAAGAGUUGACGUUUUUCCUGUGCCACAUGUUCUCACGGUGCACUCGCUCCGUCAGCUACCCCGCGCCCACGUACUUAGCCCAUCUGGCUGCGGCUCGUGGCAAAGUCUUCCUGGAGGGGGAUCGAAUCAAUUUGGACAACUUGGCUAUGGAGAUGGAAAAAAGAACCAUUCAUCCCUACAUCGUCAACAAUGCUCCUAUGUUUUUUACUUGAAUUCAGUUUCAUUGAAAGUUUCUUGUAGUGGUUUUGGGGAAAUUUGAUAUAUUUUUUAGUUGCCUGGUCCUGUUUUUGCUUUAUAGUAUUGCAUUAUUCAUGUAUUUGUUUGGUUCAAUAGCUGUUAAUUAUUUUGUUGAUUACUGGCUAAAAUAUUGUUUACAUAAGUUGAAUAAAUGCAGCAAAUUUUUUCUUGACACAUGAGUUAGUUACACAAUAGUGUAUGUUAAAUAUGUCUUAUCGUAACAUAGACCAAGAAAUGCAAUACAAUGCUUCUGUUCUGCAAUGUUAAAAAUUGUAUUAUUUAUGUAGCAAUAAUGAAAAAAAAAUCUCAAAUGCAUUUUGAACUUGUUAACCUGUCUCUGGUGGUGGAAAUAAAAAAAAUUA